GCACGCGCGUGUGUGUGUGUGUGUGUGUGUGAGAGAGAGAGAGAGAGAUGCGGAGGAGGUCAAACACGGGGCAAGGCACGUGCACACGGUAGAAGGCGGAAAGACCCUGGUGGGCGGUCGACACGGCAAUGGCCAGAGUCUGUACGGAACCAAUACGCCCCUGCUGUUUUCCCUUUUCUUUUCCAGCCUACCCGCCACGUUCCGUACUACCGAAAAGAUGAGAGGCCUUCCUGGCGGCCACGGACAAAAAGAAGUCCGUGCGUGAGGCCAUGCGGGCCCACAAAAUUUUUGGAGGCCGCCACCAGUCCGACCCUGCCCCGAUCUUCCAUUUUGUUGCUUGUGGCAACAAGUGUUUUUGCUGCAUGGCUGGGGCCGUGUACUUGUGCUUCAAAGCUAACACCAACGUCAAUCAUAAUUCUGCUAGUGCUACCGGACAGGCUCCCUUGCUUGCCUUACCACCCACGAAUGCUGUCCCUCCGCCUCCACCUCCCCCUCCCCCACCUUCUACUCACACUUCUAUGGCAGCGGCCACUGACGACCAGUACUUGCGGUCAGUACGGCAAAGGUAGUGGUUGGUACAAUACCAACCAAUGGGUUGCAGCCUUGGAAGACACGGUAUCUCUUAUGAAAGCAUGGUAUGAUGAAGCUAUGGUCAAGGCAGCGCUGAAGAAACAAGAAGAAGAGAAGUUGAAGAAAGAGAAGGAAGAAGAGGAUCGGCGUUUGAAGGAGAAGAAGGAUAGAGAGGCCUUUCAGAAAGAAAUGAACCAUGCGAUGAAUGCUCGGUUGGAGUCUGUUUGUGAUGCUUUUCGAGGACAGAAGAAGAACGCUGAAGUCGACGUACAGAAGAUCGAAGCGUUAGGGAAAGAGAUUCAAGGUUUGAAGGUCGCACAUAGUACGAUGGCCAGGAACGAUGGCACCUCCACUAGUAGGAUGGGCGUACAGGACGAUGCGUUGCUUGCUCGGAUACUGCAAGAACGCGAGGAAACGAAGGCUAAAAUGGAGGUGGCGACGGUGGCCAACAAGAGGGCAGAAUCUCUCGAAGAAGCUUUAAGGUUGUUGAAGCAGCAGCACGAAGACGCCUUGCUCGAGGCUGAAAACUGGAAGAAAGAAGCCUUGCAGACCGGCAAUAAGUGGAGCAGAUUGGCGACGUCCCCAUCUUCAACACUGAAGAGAUCCUCUUCAACACUGAAGAUUCCACAUGCUGCCACGCCAUGAAAGACGCCUGCAGAACGUGCAGUGGAUCCUUCUCAGUUGGUGCAUUUACACACGCUAGAGGUCAAUGCUCUGAAGGAGCUUCGGCUGCAAGAAUUGAAUCGAUGACGUGAAAUGGAGCAAGAGAACGCCAGACUCAAAGAAGAGUUGGCUAAGUUGAGUGCGGGUAGAUCUGUUCCGAAAUCUGCUUUUCAGAGAAGUUGGACGAUGCAGAUGGAUCGGUUGAAAAAACAGGAAGAGGAAAGAAGAAAUCUAGUGACGGAGAAGAAGGUGUCCAAUUGACUGAGUGAGAAGUGUUUAUCAAAGAUGCGAGGAAGGAGUUGGGGACCAAGUGUAAAGACGAGUUAAUCGGGAUUUGUAUGAAGGAAGGCAUGAAGUACAGUACUAUUCCAAAGACGAUCAUGGAUAUGAUCGAUAAGCGGGUUGAAAGAGCUUUCGGGAAGAUGGCGGAAGUUCACGAUACUCCGAGGAUGUAUGCGAACCCAACGGUAGGGAGGAUUCGAGGAAUUCAGUUGAUUCGUAGAAUCUCUCCCGAGCACGGCUUCCCUUUGGUCAUUAGCUAAUGAUUGUGCAAAUUCCCGUUCUUCUUCACCUUGCAGGUUGAGAUGUAAGGAGGUUGAUGGUCUUUUUCGAUUGGUAGUUGUUCUGCUAAUUUUUUAUGGUUUGCUUCUCUGGGCUUCAAAACUUUCCGCCGGUUUCAAUGAGUGGUUGCUGUCUGGACAGAGGGUUAAAGGAUCGUUGGUCUACGUGUUGGUUUCGCCCUGGUUUCAUCAUCUCUAUGUUGGUAGUACCAGCCAGGUUCUAGGUACACGAAGGUUGGAGCACGUAUAUAGAGUGUGUAAUGAGUCGGUAGUUGGGAAUGGUAGGAGGAAUGAAUGUUUGUAUUGCUAACUUCGACGAUGUGGAACGGGUAACUAUGUGGCAAUUCCUUUGUGUGUAUGUCCUGCUGAAGAUUUGGCUGAUACUGGACGAUUUUUCAUCCAUCUUUUCUCACCGGCCCUCACUUCCAAGGAUAAGCCUCGUAAGACACGGCGACGUCGACUAGGUAAGCGGGAAAGAUUACGAUGAAAGACGAAAGAGAAAGUUAUGACGAAUGAACCAGUCACCUCUGUUAUCUCCUUGAUUUCUUUCCAUGCAUCUUGUGGGAUUGUGUCCUUGAGCCUUCCGGGGAUCUUAAAUCAUUGUCGUGAUCAAUCAAUUGAUCAAGUUUCC